AAAGCCUCGUGCCUUAUUUUUCUUUCACUAGACUCAUCAUCACAUCUCUAGCUUCCAAGUUCUUCGAGAAAAAUAAUAUAAACUCGCACGCAAACAAGAUUUGAAGAAUGAGCAGACCCGGAGAUUGGAACUGCAGGUCAUGCAGCCACCUCAACUUCCAGCGCCGUGAUUCUUGCCAGCGAUGCGGUGACUCUCGUUCCGGCCCCGGUGGAGUCGGUGGCUUAGACUUCGGCGGUUACGGCGGCAGAGCCAUGUCUGCUUUCGGAUUCACCACCGGGUCCGACGUUCGUCCAGGUGACUGGUACUGCACCGUCGGAAACUGCGGGACUCACAACUUCGCUAGUCGCUCCACUUGCUUCAAAUGCGGCACUUUCAAGGACGAGACCGGCGCUGGAGGUGGAGGCGGUGGCAUCGGCGGUCCGGCCAUGUUUGACGCUGACGUUAUGAGGUCUAGAGUCCCCGGCGGUAACGGAGGCCGUUCCAGCUGGAAAUCCGGCGACUGGAUUUGCACUAGGCUUGGUUGCAAUGAGCACAACUUUGCAAGCAGAAUGGAAUGCUUCAGAUGCAAUGCACCAAGAGACUUCAGCAACAGAACCUCUUUCUAAGUUAUACAAAAUGCUUUAAAUGUAGCCUUUGUCUCCAGUUUCUUGGGCACACUGUUUCAAUCAAUGGAAAGGAGAAGCAGGAGCAAAGCAAGCAAAGAGAGAAAUUAAAAGAUGAUGAUAAUUUUGUUAGAGAUGUUGCAAUGAGAGAGCCAAUAUUGUAACUUUAGCUGUCGUCGUGCUUUUGGAUGUAUUAUCCAUUUUUCUUUUUAUUACUUUUUUUUUCUUCUCCUUAAUUCGUAAUUUUUCUUCCUUUUUUGUUCUUUGCAGUUUCUUUCUUUUUAAGAGUUUUUAUUAUUCUAAUCAUUGUACGCUGCAUGUCUUUCUUAAAAGAAGAUUCUCUUCUCAAAUUCAUCGCUUUAUACAUGAGUUGCUGCUACCUUUUUUGUUUUU